UCCUUUACCUCCACCAAGGAGGUUGGUGGAGGUAAAGCUUCAGGUUGUCCAGCAGGUGGCGACAUAAAUAUUCCGGAACAGGGGUGUUUACUUCCUGGUCAAACAUUCUUUCUUUCCUGUCGGCCAUUUGUCGUAUACGAUUUGUAGGCGACCACCCAUACAACCUUUUGUAAACAUGCAGAACGACGCCGGUGAAUUUGUGGACCUUUACGUCCCCCGUAAAUGCUCUGCUAGCAACAGAAUCAUUGGAGCCAAGGACCAUGCCUCCAUCCAGAUGAACAUUGCUGAGGUUGACAAGGUGACUGGUCGUUUCAAUGGUCAGUUCAAGACCUAUGCUAUCUGUGGCGCCAUCCGCAGAAUGGGUGAGUCUGAUGACUCCAUCCUGAGGCUGGCAAAGAAUGACGGCGUUGUCGCAAAGAACAUCUAAGUGUGACGCUGGAGCUGUUGGAACUUUGUAAAAUAAAAUGGUGGAAUAAAAACUUUGCUGCUGUUGUAA